UGCUUACAGCGAAAAAGGCAACAUUCUCCGGCUAUGGCGUGCUCCAAAGGAAAAGCUCUCCUUAGAGCGCCAUUUUUCGCGCUCAAAAUCUCCCUUAUACCCCCCCUUGGUAUAUGUUUCGUGGCCUCUUUUUGCAGGUACGAUACACACACACACACGUGCGACCAUCAUACUUUCUCGCAGCAUCAUCCUCUAGCAGCAGCAGUGUAGUGGCUUUUUUCUUCCUUCGAAAAGCUUCAAAAAUCAAAAAUCUAUCACCAUCUAGAGCAAUCAUAUCAUUAAAAAACACUUGCCUAAUCGGUUGUGAAUCUCGAUCGUUUCCAGUGCUGGUGGGGAACCAUACACAAAAGCACAAAGCACGCCAUAGUUGCACUGGUAAAGCCGCCCCCCCACAGUCGAGUGAAAAACAAUUUUCCGUGUGUUGGCUUUUCCCGCUCUAGUGUCACAUCCUUCCGACCCGCCAAUACUCUUCCUGCUUUUGCUUAUUGUGCGGGAUAGCCUUAACCUUACCGCUGACCCAUCCUGCCGUGGAGGCCUACAACCCUCUUGGACAACAUGUUACACUCGUGAUUGUGGAAGAGGAGCAGGGUAGGUUUGGCUCAAUGGAAGCAGGUGGCCAUUUUUCACUUACAUUUGCCGUACGCAAAAGUUGUGCUUGGUAAAGGAAAAUGCGUGCUGAUGGGUUGAAGAUUUAGGUGAAAGAAUGGAUAGCAGCAGUGCGGUACAGUGAGUGUUUUCCUGCCAGUGUGUGUGUGUGUGUGUUUGAGUUGGAAAGCAACCAAAAAAAAAUCAUCCUGUCGAAAAAGCUUCAGAGUGCACGGGUCCAACUAACCGAAGGUUAAAAAAAGCAGGUUUGAUUUCAUCUUCCCUCCCAGCCUGCGGGCCAAAUGCGCCAAACGAACCCAUUCAGCGUCUAGGAUAUUCGAUUCUAGAUGAGUUCUCACCCACCAACACGAUAUCGACACACGGCAGCUUAAAAACACCACAAUAAAGUGACCUGUAGCGAAACCGCGUGGUGAAGGAUGUGAUUGCAACCGUCCCGUCGUUUAGCACCACCUGACAAGAAUAGAGAACACCGCAAAAAAGGUCCGAUCAGUACCGCAACGCAAACCCAAAUCGACGAUCGACAAACAAUUGAUCACUGGGAAAGUCGUCCAAAAUACUAUGCUGCUAUGAAGCUGCCGGCUAAUGGAGUAGCGGCAAUCUACCUUUUGCUGCACUGCGUGUCAGGUUUGGUGCUGAAAUCUUCCGCCCUUCAAUCAAGCAGUCCGUUUAUGAAUUUGCCACGCAACUUUUGGCAGGAAAUAUCCGUCCCCUAUACGGAUCUGCCCAGCGACGACGAUGAGCAGGAGGAUGAGUCGGCCGAAAGUACUACGCACGAUCCGUACCCGUUCUUCGACGAUGCUAACAUGGUGGCGAACGUGACCACGCAGCUGGGAAGCGAUGUCUAUCUGCACUGUCGUGUUAAUGAUUUGCGCGAGCGUACGGUAUCGUGGGUACGGCGGAAGGGAGACGAGAUUCAUCUGAUCACCGUUGGCCGUCAGACCUACAGCAGUGACUCGCGUUACUCUCUCCAGUACCAGCCGCCAAACGAUUGGCAGCUACUGAUUCAAUACUCCAAUGAACGUGACGAGGGCCACUAUGAGUGUCAAAUCUCCUCCUAUCCGCCGUUGGUCUAUCUGGUGUACUUGAUCGUUGUCGUACCUCGGGUGGAGAUUAUAGACGAGAGGGGUCAGGCAACGCUGGACAAGUUCUACAAACCGGGCAGUACGAUCGAGCUGAAGUGCAUCAUUAGCCGCGUGCCACAACCGACCAGCUACGUCACGUGGAAGCAUGGCAUGCGUAUGCUCAACUACGACACUAGCCGUGGUGGAAUCAGCGUUAAAACCGAUCUACUUCCUGGCGGUGCGAUGAGUCGACUCUACAUUGCCAACGCCAAUCGCUACGACACGGGAAACUACACAUGUGCCCUGGCCGACAUUGCACAGGCCAUGGUAUCGGUCCACGUGUUGAAUGGAGAAAAUCCGGCCGCCAUGCAGCACGGUACCGGACCACAAUGGCAACCGAUGAUGAGUUUUGUCGUGUUCGUCCAGCUGAUGUUGCUCGGGUUUUGCUGCACCCGGUGACUGUACACUUUUGAAGCUUAAAAUUCUACGCAGCAGCGAUAUUCUACGCUACAGAAUGCUUGCUCUUUAGCCGCAUAAAAUUCACUUCCCACACAUUGUGCCCUCCCCCCCCAAAAGCCACCGGAAUAUUGCGGAAGAGUUGAAGCAGCAACUUCACAGUUGAAGCAACUGUCCCCUACCGAGCGAAAAUGCACAAAAACAAGAACAUAAAAAAAACUGAACCCCAUUUUAGAAAACCCGAGCCAACAUAUCAAUGCACUCGAGUGCAGUUUUACGUUGCAUUCCCAUCCUUCCCACAGCGGUUGAGGAACAAUUGGUUAACCUUCGCGUCCCUUUCCUCGAUAUCAUCCUUCUAAUGCGCCAGAUCCUGGCUCUAAAGGAUCGUCCACAUUCCCAUCUAAGACACUCGUUUUUAGCAAUCUCAGCAACGUUAGAUUAGAUUUUAAAUGCGACAGUUACGCCUGUCGGUCCAUGGUUGUACUAGCGAUAAAAGAGGUUGAUAGGGUUUUGAUACACUUGCAUGUGUGCACACUGCAUUCCUAGACCGUAUCGCAUGCCGGAUACGUGUAGAGAUGAUAUGUAGAGUGUAAAGAAACGACACAACUCAAACAAACAAAACACACAAAAAAAAAACACCUAAUGAUAAUAUAUUUAUACUCGUCUUAAAGUCGGCUUCAAACGAGCGCACGAGCGCAUGGCGGGAUGUUCCUUCUCGUGGUACCAAACAAAAAAGUAUGUAAUAUGGCAUUGUUGGACAAGGUUGUGAUUUCAUGGAUGUGACACAUCCCCCGCCGCUUGCAGCAUCAAGGAACAAAGGGUUGUAAAGUAGUGUGUGUCGGGUCGGAUGCGCGCGGAGUGUGGGCAAGCGUGUGCGGUUUUGCAAAAAACCGAAAGGCAAUGGAUGCUACUUUACUUAAACACAGCAGCAAUAUUUGUACACACAACUAUUUUUCCCCAUUCGUUACUAAACACUAUUUGCGAAUAGCAGCAUACAACUAAUCGUAACACAAUGUUUAGCGUAAUAAUAUCAGUCUUCGGUUGUGAUUAGACUUAAACAGGAAGAGACAAAACGCGCAACUUCAUAAAACAAACUAUAUUGAUGUAAAAUUGCGAAUAUCAAUGUUCAUCUACGUAUUAGGCUAAACCAAACAACAAGAAAGACGAUAAGCGUUUAGUGACGCUCGCGUAGGUAGGAAAAGCGUUGAACGGGAGUUGAAGAAACAUUUGGAAACGGGCCAAAGCUAUUUAAUGUGUGGUUUCUUUCCAACCCCAAAAAAAAACAAACAAAAAAAAAUACACUCAUAUUUCUAUCCCAUCGGUCCCAUUUCCAUUUCGCUUAUUCAAUGUGCACCUGUGUGUUGAAAACCAUUAAAACCAUAUCCCAUUAUACGCAAAUGCUCAUCCCCUCGUUUUCUAGCAAACUUAUUUGAAGAAGAAGAAAAAACGUCUUUUUGCACAAACGUCCACAGCACAACAAAAGCAAACCCCCGAUAAGUGAUCAAACGUUCACCAUUCACGUAACAAGCAAACGAACAAAAAAAAAAUGGACAAAUUAUGUGUGCCACUAUCGAUAGCUGUAUUCCACUAUAUAUUUAUCACUAUCACUAACCUAUAAGUGUUGUCUUUGUUUUGUUUCGAACUAUUAUAAAACGCACACGCGACGAUAAGGUGGAAUCAGAUUCUACACGUGAUGCGUGAUUAAAGCGAAGAGAUAGAGCGAGAGAGAGAGAG